UUCUUUUAAAUGUUCUUUUCAAUAAAUUGGUUGAAUCAUCACUUUUUGGUUUCGUUAUGGCUUCAAGAGAUUGAGCUCAUAAACAGUAGCAUAUGGCAUUUAAACUGCAAUGGCAAAAGAAGAAAAUUUAGGGAUGAUAACUAUUUUGCAUCCUUUUAUCUUGUACUUCUACUUCAUGCGAGCCUAUAAAUACCUUCGAUUGGCAUAUUGUUGUAUCAAUCAAAGAAGGCAAAAGACUUAAAUCUAGUUCUCAGCUUGUCUAUUGUUUAUUUCCAUAAAAUCUGUUACAUUUUUUGGGAAGAUGGACUCAAACCUUUUGCAACGUCAAGUUGCCUACACGAAGAAGUGCUUUUUUGAGCAGGGCUAUCUUGAUCGUGAACAAUUCACUCAGCUUGAAGAACUGCAAGAUGACGCUAACCCAAAUUUUGCUGAAGAAAUUGUGUCUUUAUUCUACAAUGAUUCAGCCAGACUCAUACGGAGCAUUGAACAAACCAUGGUCAGUAAGCCUAUGGAUUUUGAAAAGCUUGACAACUACAUGCACCAGUUCAAGGGCAGUAGCUCAAGCAUUGGAGCCAAUAGGGUGACUGAUGCAUGUUCACAGUUUAGAGAAUUCUGCUUGGCAGGAAAUCUUGAAGGAUGCAUAGGGAGUUUCCUGCAAGUGAAACAAGAGCAUGAAAUUCUGAAGAAGAAGCUUGAUACCUAUUUCCAGUUAGACAAGCUGGGAAAGGUUGAGAACGUGGGAGGACACCAAGUUGGAUAAGAUUAUGCGAAUGAGCCUACAGCUUUCAUUUUGUCCAAAAUACACAAUCUUUUCUAAUGUAUAUAUAUAAUUCUCUCUUUAAUUAAA